AUGGAGCACGACAAGAGCCAAAGGUCAUCAGAAGAGGCACCGUUCCUCGUAGAUGAGGAGAAGGACGUCUUUCCAAGUCCAAGUCGUCCUUCAAGACGUGACAGAUGGGCACAUCUCUUGCCCUACUCCGGUGCCAUCAACCUAGUACUGAUUGUAGUUCUGCUUGUGGCUUGGGGUUUUCAGACCCACAAUCCAAGAAAGGCAUAUAUCCCUGACGAGAUCUAUUCACCAGCGCAAUCAGCUGUCGAAUAUGAAACAGUGGUCUUUAGCGGUGGCUUAAGAGAAGAGGUUUCCAAAUUUCGAGGAUCCACCAGUGAUGUUGACGAUGAGUGGGAUACACUCUACAACAAGGUUCUGAUAUCUCAGAUCUCUCCAGAAUCUGCCGCAAAGCUUCCAAACGCUACAACGCCAUUCACAAACGAUACCGGUCACUACAUUGUUGAGCUUGACGUUUUCCACCAGUUGCACUGCCUCAACAUGUUGCGGAAGCUGGUAUACCCCGACGUGUACACCAUGGACUUGACGUCGGGUUCAGAAAAGGCCAUUGACAACAUCUUCCACAUGGAGCAUUGCUAUGAGCAGCUUAGACAAUCACUCCAAUGCUCCUCUGAUAUUAGCACAAUUUAUUGGGAGUGGAGUGAGAAGAAACAGAGGAUGUUUGGCAACGUCAGGACAACGCAUACUUGUAAAAACUUUGGAAAGAUCAGAGAUUGGGCGGUUGAACAUAAAGCUAAGACGGACUUGGACUUUUACAAACACGUUGAGGGAGCACCACUGUUACAAGAAUAG